AUGUUGGGCAGAUUGUAUACCGUCACGUGGCUAUGUGUCGGUACGGCGUAUUCCCUCGCACCGGAUAAGGUCUCUCCCCACAUAAUAAAAACCAGGAGCAUAGACCUGAACAAUGCGCAUGGACUGGCGAUGGAGAACAGACUCGGUGGCGCCGUGGUGCCGACGGGAUACGACCUUGGUCUCGAGCCCUACGUUGAGGAUGGAGUGUAUGAAGGUCGGGUGAUCAUAAACGUGACCUGGACAUCGGAGGCUGAUGAAAUCAUCUUGCACUGCGCUCACGACGUCGAAAUUACCGAUACAGAGGUCAAAGUUUUCUUCCAGGGGUCGUCCGAGCCGCAGAAAGUUCUAAUAAAGCAAGUUGAUACUGAUGCUAAGAGGUCAACGGUUAGGCUACAGCUCGAGAAAUUAGUGCCUGUCAUGAGUGAUGGCAUUGUUGAUAUGAGUUUCAAAGGUAAAAUGGAGAUGAGGACCAGCGAAGGUCUAUUCAAAUCAACCUACACGACGGAGCAAGAUCUGGAGAGGAUUGUUGUUGCAACGCAGUUUCGUCCAACCAACGCUAGACGAAUGUUCCCAUGUUUCGAUGAGCCCCAAUUCAAGGUGCCCUUCGACGUCAGCGUGGUGCGUCCGCGGAACAUGGUCGCUCUAAGCAACAUGGCUAUAGACAGGAUUGAAAAUAUAACGGACGAGCCGAACGCGGUGCGCGUGCACUUCAAACGUUCCCCACCGAUGUCUACCUUCACACUCGGCCUGGUCCUGGCAGAUCUGGUCCAACUGGGAAACUCAACACAUUACUCGCAUCGCACAGAUUUGGGCGAAUCGCACGGAUUUGAAAUACGCGUCUGGGGCCGGCCCGAGUAUUUGGAGGCGUUGGAAGGUGUCCCUGAUAAAAUUGUCCAGAUACUGAACGAAAUCGCCAAGUUCGAUUGGCCACCUCUGCCGUUAGACAAGCUGGACAUAGUAGCGUUGCCCAACUACCAAGGCGUGAAACCGGCCGAUAACUGGGGCCUUAUCGUGUUCAAGGAAAGCGACUUGAGUGGCAACGGUUACAUCCAGUUGACUCAGGAGCUGCUGCACCAGUGGCUGGGUGCCUUGGUCACACCGUUUUGGUGGUCGGACGCCCACGUCAAUAAAGCUCUCGUCGGUUACUUGGCUAUUGAGAUCGCUUUCAAGAUUAAUAACGGAUGCGAGAUGGAGGGGAAAUGGCCAAUGACAGUACUAUACUCGCUGUACUACGAGUACAGCAAGCGAUAUCCACACUCGAGGAUUACAGGGAUGAAGCAGGAGACGGUCAGCACCAAAAUUGAGCUUCUCUUCAGGAUGUUUAACUACACGCUUGGAGAGAAGACAUUUAAAGGCGGACUCAAAAUGUUCGUAAGCCAGCGCGCUUUCAAAACGUUCGACGGAAACUUGGUAUGGCGUUCAUUGAACAUGGCGGUAUCAAAAACGAGAAAGAUAGACGUGGAAACUAUCGCGCAAAGUUGGAUUAAAAAGGAUCGACUACCUUUAAUAACGGUCAAGAGAAGCCACGAAGCGAAAACUGCUAUUGUGUCGCAGAAAGUUUAUCUCCGAGAGCGCCCACAUGACGUACCAGACGCUGGACGGAUGUCAUGGUGGAUUCCUUUGGUGGUUGUCAGCGGUGAUAACUUAGACUUCUCAUCAACGACACCACUGGCGUGGAUGAAAGAUCAGACCUUAGAGUUGAAUAACAUGCCUUCCAAAGAACACUUCAUUAUCGUCAACCCCGAGGAGAUUGCACCAUAUCCCGUUAACUACGAGGAGGACAACUGGAAUCUGAUCGCUCAAUUUCUCCAAACGGACGAGCGUACGAAAAUUCCGGAGUUGACGCGGGCGAAGGUUCUUCAUGACGCUUGGAACUUGGCGUUUGCGGGCGAGCUCUCCUUCGCGACCGCACUGAACAUGACCUUGUUUUUGAAAGCGGAGAAGAAUCAUUUAGUCUGGGACCCAGUGUUCACUAUGAUUGAUCAUAUAGACAGGCACAUCUGGGACAUUCGGGAUAAGUUUAACGCGUAUAUAAGAACUCUUCUAAGUCCGUUAUACGAAGAACUAACGAAGGAUGUCAAUGAAAACGAAGAGAGUUGGCGCAAGAAUAUGCGUAGUCUCUUUAAGACAUUCCUUUGUCAAGCCGGUUACAAACCAUGCAUAAAAGAAGCUCAAGAACAGUACGGCAAGUGGAUGAAAGCAAAAAAUCCAGAUGAAGGCAAUCCGGUAUCCGAUCGGUACUUCUGCCCCGUCUUUGAGUGGGGAACCCAAGAGGAGUGGGAGUUUGGUCUGCAGAGGGUCAUCAACUUUCCCCACUCAAGAAAGCAGAGCGAGAGAACUUAUUUGCUGAAAACUUUAGCGGGUUGUCUCAAGGACAAGUCCAAAAUCGUUAGGCUGUUAAACAUAACACUCUUGGAAGGCAACGGUAACUUUACGGAGAUGGAUCUCUUCCUCAUAAACAACAUGUUUUCCGAUUCGCCUCAAGCGUACACGACUCUGUUCCACUUUAUAGAAGAUAACUGGGACCUUGUCAAGGAGAAAUACUACAACCGCACGAAUCUCUGGUCGCAUUUAAUAUCGACUGCCACGUCCUAUUUCACGACCAAAGCGGGUUUGGACCUGGUGACCAGACUGUACGUGGCGCACCAAGGCGAGUUCGGACCAGCGGAACACAUCAUAGAAAAGUCCAUUAGGAACAUCAAAGAAGAAUCCCGAUGGACCUCGCAGAAUCUACCGAUCAUGGAGGAUUGGUUAGAUUCGUACCUUGACAGGAACGGAAUCAAAGUGGAGUCGACGAUA